AUGGAUGGAAUAGAUCCAGAGACACUCUUGGAGUGGCUUCAAACGGGUAUAGGAGAUGAACGGGAUCUGCAGUUGAUGGCAUUGGAACAGUUAUGCAUGCUUCUUCUGAUGGCUGACAAUAUCGAUCGCUGUUUUGAGUCAUGUCCACCGCGCACAUUUAUUCCAGCACUUUGUAAAAUAUUCAUAGACGAAACAGCGCCGGAUAAUGUGCUGGAAGUGACUGCACGCGCAAUCACAUAUUACCUCGAUGUAUCUAAUGAGUGCACUCGUCGUAUUACACAAGUCGACGGAGCCGUUAAAGCCAUUUGUGCUCGUCUCGCGGCCGCAGAAAUGUCAGACAGAUCCAGCAAAGAUUUGGCGGAACAAUGUGUCAAACUUCUGGAACAUGUAUGUCAACGAGAAACCAUGGCUGUCUACGAUGCAGGCGGUAUCAAUGCAAUGCUCAACUUAGUCAGAGUCCACGGAGCCCAAGUUCACAAAGACACAAUGCAUUCAGCAAUGUCAGUUGUGACAAGGUUGUGUGGGAAAAUGGAACCCACCGAUCUCGAACUAGCAAAAUGUGCAGAAAGCCUUGGAGCACUUUUAGAGCAUGAUGAUCCAAAGGUCUCAGAAAGUGCCCUCCGUUGCUUUGCUGCUCUCACAGACCGCUUCGUUCGAAAAAUGAUGGAUCCGGCUGAACUUGCAAUGCACAGCAACCUUGUUGAACACUUGAUUUCCAUAAUGGUGUCUUCAAACGACGAAAGUUCUCCAGUAGCCGCGUCCGCCAACAUUCUCUCAAUUGUACUUUCCCUGAUCGGCAACCUAUGUCGCGGCUCAAGUCUUAUAACAGAAAAAGUUCUCACAUCACCAAAUAUGAUAAAGGGACUCAAAGCAACAUUGACCAACAAAGAAGAACGAGUUGUUACUGACGGUCUCCGAUUGUGCGAUCUGUUACUGGUUCUUCUUUGUGAAGGACGUAGUGCUCUGCCACUCACAUCAGUUGUAUCGGGUGAUUAUGCAGCAGGAAGUGGAGCAGAACGUGUUCACAGACAGUUGAUUGACGCCAUCAGACAGAAAGACCUAACAGCUUUAGUCGACGCAAUUGAAUCCGGACAGGUUGACGUAAAUUUCGCUGAUGAUGUUGGACAAUCACUGACAAAUUGGGCUUCUGCGUUUGGCUCCAUCGAAAUGGUACAGUACUUGUGUGAUAAAGGGGCUGAUGUCAAUAAAGGGCACAAAAGCAGUUCAUUGCAUUAUGCAGCCUGUUUCGGACGACCGGACGUGAGUUACGAUGCUGGUCUUUUAUUAUCUCAGGUUGUGAAAUUGCUGCUUCAGCGUGGCGCCAAUCCCGAUCUACGAGACGAAGACGGAAAGACUGCAUUGGACAAAGCACGGGAAAGAUCUGAUGAUGAUCACAAUCAGGUUGCGAAUAUUCUGGAGUCACCAAGCACAUUCAUGAGAAACAGUACGUUAUCCCAGAAAACGAAAGCUUCCGCAUCACAACAGCCAGGAACGUCAACAAAACAAGAGCUACCUAAUCCACAGCUAGUUCGAAAAGUUCUCCACCAGUUGCUCCCAAUUUUCUGCGAUAUCUUCCAACGAUCACUGAAUAGGACUGUUCGACGAACAUCGCUGUCACUCAUGAGAAAAAUAGUUGAAAACAUUGGAGAUCUUCGUCAAAGUGCAGGAGAAGAUAACGCUGCAGUGACUCGAUCAGCCAGAAAAAUGUCAGCUGAUGUGACCGCUGGAGCUGAAUCUUUAGUAGCUGUUGUCGUGUCCGUUUUGGACCAAGAGGAUGAUUAUGAGGGUCAUGAACAAGUUCUUCUGAUUCUACAAUCCCUUCUUGAAAAAGACUCGGAACUUUGGGUCACAGAGCUCAUUCGUCUUGGUGUGUUUGAACGUGUCGAAGCUAUGGCAAAGGAACCACCAAAGGGAUUAGAGGAAGUCUUGGCUGCUAUAAACUUGGAAGGACGAUCCCGAGUUGUUCCUAUGGAAAUUGACUUCCAGAAUCAACCAUCUUCUUCGUCAAAUGAUAUUAUGGACGCUGCUCCGCCAUCUGCAGAUAUUGCAGGAGAGGAACCAGCUCAGCCGUCAAUUGAGGUUUUGAUUUCUAAUUUAGGAAUAUCUUCAUACAUGGCAGAACCCGAACCUUCAACUCCUUCAACUUCUUCUCAAAUAGCAGCUCCUAAACCACGUAGUACUACUGGUUCUUCUGCAUCUUCAGCUAUUCUUCAAGUCGUUUCUAAAUUAAGCGGUGUUGCGAAUCUGGACAAAUCAUCAGCAGCUGACAAAAAGCCGACCAAAAUUGUACUCAAUCAAGGAUCUCCAUAUCGUUGGAAGGAAUGGCGUAUCGUUCGUGGACCGACAUCUCUAUUCAUUUGGAGCGACGUUUUGUUGAUUGAAUUGCCGUUCCAAUCAAAUGGAUGGUUCCGUUACCUAGCCGACAAUGAUUCACAUGUUCAGUUCGUCACAGGAACAGCUAAUGUUGACCAGCAAAUGAGUGAUGAAGAGAAGGAAAACUUCAAGAAAACCGAACGCCAUGAAAUGGUGUCUCGUUGGAAUGCAGUAAAAGGCGUCUUUGACGAUGAUUGGUCUACUGUCCCUGUCUCUGUUCUCGGUGUUCCAAGCAGUGCCAAGAAGGUCAGUCAGAAGCUCGAAGUUCCUGCUUGGGAACUCUGGUCUUCUAAAUCAUCUGAGCUUCAAAUUAAGUCAGUUUCUUCUUCCGCCCCAUCUGGACAAGCCAACACAAUGGUGACUACGAUCAAAAUUCAGGAUGAUGCUGGUGGAUUCCUCUUCGAAUCGGGAACAGGACGCAAGACCAACGUGAUGCCAGAACAUGCACUUCCUCCUCCCUUCCAUACUGGAUGGAGUUCGCAUGGAGUGACGACAAGAAAAAUGAAGUUCCGACAAGACAUUCAAAAACGAAAAGUGCAAGAAUUGGCAUGGAAACUUUGGAAUGAUCAUCUGAAGGAGGCACAUGCGAAGCCAAGAGAAGCGUUGGUACGCCUUGAGGAAGCUGCUCGAUUGAUCGAAGUGAGUAGUUGCUUGCACUCAGUCAAAACUGCCAGCAAUUACAAACAUCGUAGUGCAAAACAUGCGAGAAUCGAACGAAUUCAGGAGUACACAGCAGCUAUCAAGAUUCUGUACGAUUCUGUGGUAGAUGAUCGUCGUUUGUCAACAUUUGAGUUCUCAGUCUCGGGAAUCGUUCCUGCACUUUUUGCACUUUUAUCGGCCAUCGAAAAAUCACCAACAGAUUUCUACAUGAGAAGAAUUUUCAUGGAGAGUUUUCGCGUUGGUGAAUCACUAUCUCAACUUUCUCUGAAGAUCGUUGCUGUACUCGAAGCCAGCGAAAAGUUCCCACAGUAUCUCUAUGAUUCUCCUGGAGGCUCAUCUUUUGGUCUUCAACUUCUUUCUCGUCGUGUUCGUUCAAAACUGGAGAUGAUUCCAAGUGAAGAGGGAAAAGAGAAUAUCGAUGAGAACAUUGUUAACAAAACUGGAAAAGUCAUCAAAUGCGAACCAUUAGCAUCGGUUGGAGCAAUCAAAACAUACUUGAUGAAGCUGGUAGCACGACAAUGGCAUGAUCGCGAAAGAUCACAGUAUAAAUAUGUGAAAGAAAUCAAAGAGUUGAAAGAGAAGGGAAAAUCAGUUGUGUUGAAACAUACGAGUGAUUUCGAUGAGAAUGGAGUAAUUUAUUGGAUUGGAACCAAUGGAAAGACUGUCCCAACCUGGACCAAUCCGGCAACGGUGAAAGCUGUGAAAGUCACUUGCUCCGAUCCUCGUCAACCAUUCGGUAAACCUGAAGACCUACUUUCUCGCGAUUCAAACCCAAUCAACUGUCAUUCGUCGGAUGACAAAAAUUCCCAUUUUACUUUUGAUCUUGGAGUUUUCCUCAUUCCAACAUCCUACACAAUGCGUCAUUCUCGAGGAUAUGGAAGAUCGGCUCUUCGAAACUGGACCCUUCAAGGAUCGAUCGACUCGAAAAAGUGGGACGACAUUAUCAACCAUGUCGACGACAAGAGUCUUGGAGAGCCGGGAUCAACUGCUACUUGGCAUGUCCCCGAAAAAGGAACCGUCGCCUACAGGUAUUAUCGUAUUGCGCAGAACGGCAAGAAUUCGUCUGGUCAAACCCACUAUCUGAGUUGCUCUGGUUUCGAAAUUUAUGGAGAUAUCGUUGAUGCUGUCACCGAGAAAAUAUUUGAAGAUGCACCAAAAAAAGAAUCGAUCGCGGGUCCAUCCUCAUCUGGGCCGUCCUCGUCAUCUUCAUUGCCACCGCUUACGAAGGAACAAGUCUUAGACAUGCUGCCUGCUCAUGAGAACAACAAUCGACUUAAGUCGGGACUCACAAUUGAGACAGUCACUGCAAUGAUGCAAAGAUCUCGUCAUAGAGUUCGUGAUUCGUACAAACUGAGCGAUAGCAAGGCGAAGGUGGUUCGUGGAAAAGACUGGAGAUGGGAAGAUCAAGAUGGUGGUGAAGGAAAAAUGGGACGUAUCAUUAGUCCACCAGAAAGUGGAUGGGUAGAUGUUGCCUGGGAAAACGGUUAUUCCAACUCUUAUCGAUAUGGAGCCAACGGAAAUUUCGAUAUUGAGCGAGUUUCCAGUUCUGGUCAUCGUUAUUCGUCACCAUCGAUGCCUUCGGGAAUACCGAGCUCGGUAAUGGACGCCGUCAGAAGAAAUCGUGCUUUCUACACAGCGAAGGGAUCUGGACCACCAUCAGCACUUUUUGGAGUACCUUCUGGUUCUUCUCGUGGAGGUGAGAAUUCUUCUUCAUCUUCGUCCUCUCCUUUCCCCAAUCUCCCCAUUCCCCCAUGGCGAACAUCCAAAUCGUCUACAUCUCCUGCAAUUGCUUCGAGAUUGAUAAGUACUGUUACCUCAUCGGGAGCAUCUCCCACUCCUCCUCCCUCAUCUACUUCAUCCACGUUAUCAUCGCUUGCGUCUGGUCUAGGGUUUGGCUUGAAUAGACACAAACAACAUAACAAGCCAGGUGCAUCAACUCUUUCUCGAUUUGCUUCUGUCAAAAACCCCGCGCCCGCCGGAGUUGCAGCAUCUGGAAGCUCGUCCGGAGUAGCGAUUGGAAAGAAGUCGAUGUCUACGACAAAUCUCGUUGAUGAUCGUCAAGCAUCAGCGGGACCGUCGGUCGCUUCUACUGGACAAGCUGCUUCAGCCGAAUCUCUUCAACAUCAGACUCCUUCUUUGGAAAAUCUUCUUGCACGAGCCAUCCCUCACGCAUUCGGAAGAAUUGCUGAAAACCAAGAGCAAGAAGAAGAGCCAAUGGGUGGAGAAGAAAGCGAUUCAGCAGCUAGCAUGAGAUCUGCAGCUUCUUCGAACUCACAGAUCUCGAUGGAUUCUGCUCAACAGCAACAACAGCAACAGCAAGAUUCGGAUAUGACUCCAAGAGACGCUGCUGGCACUCCAUCAACACCACGCGAUGACAAGAACCAGACUCUGUCAGUUUCGGCUCCAGAUCUUGCUGCGGCUCGCCAGCGUCAAGCUUCAGCCGAAGCAGAAGGAGACAGUAAUAUGGAUGAAUCAAACUCAGAGGAUAAAACUGUCGGAGGAGAUGAUGCUAUGGAAGAAGACGACGAAGAAGAAGAAACCGUGGAGGAUGAGGAAGACAAUGAUGACGAUGACGACGAUGACGAUGAAAGUUCUAAUGAGAAUCAAGAGAAGCUUGUAGAGCUAUUGGCAAAUGAGCGUGGUUUGUUCGACAAAUUGAAAGAAGUCAUAACUGGAGAAUCUUUGUCUGAUGCUUCAUCUUCUGCUAAGGAUGCCAAUACGAAUGAAGCUCAAAAGAAGGGUGGAUCGAAGAAACCGAAGAAAUGGUUCAAGAAGAUGUCAAGUUACACCGAUGUGCUCAAAGGUUUAAUGCAAAGCCGAUAUCCAGUUACGCUUCUAGAUCCCUCUGCAGCUGGCAUGGAAAUGGAUGAAAUGAUGGACGAAGACGAUUAUUACGAUUUCUCCGAAGAUGGACCAGACGAUGGUGAUUCAGUCGAAGAUGAAGUUGCUGCUCAUCUUGGAAUGCCUGUGGACUCCUUCGCUACCAUGGUUGCCGCUCGUACUCCUAUCACAUGGCGUCAGUUCUCGGAGCUCAUGAGUGGCUCGAAUCGAGAACGUGCUGCAAUGGCUAGAGCGGUCGCUUCCAGCAGAGGAAAUCCUUGGGACGAUGAAACAGUUGUCAAGUGCUCAUUCGAAGCUCUGAUUCCAGCUUUCGAUCCACGCCCUGGCCGUUCGAAUGUGAACCAAACUUUGGAAGUUGAGUUACCAGCUGUUGUUAACGAUUUUGGACCAUCAAAAACGUCUGCAAAAAGAACAAAAGACAGUGUUAGAUUCUUCAUUCGUGGUCCAAACAUGUCUGGUGUGGACAAUAUCACGCUCGAAAUGGAUGAUGAUUGUUCGUCAGUGUUCAGUUACAUGCAAAAGAUCAAUAACAAUGCUAACUGGGCCACGAAGAGUGAUCGCGGUCGACGAAUUUGGGAACCAACAUAUUCAAUUUGCUACUGUUCCUCCGAUAACCAAAAAGUCGAGGUCACCAAAAUUCCGAGCGAAGAAAGUUCCACCCCAGUUCAAGUGAACCAGUGUCUUGAGACAAUUCGACUCCUUGCGCGACUCCAAGAAAGUAUUCCUGAAGCUGAAAUAUCGCCGAACGUUUUCAUCAGUGAUAAAUUGACUUUGAAAAUAACGCAAGUUCUUUCCGACGCGCUAGUUGUCGCCGCAAGAGCACUUCCAGAGUGGUGCUCUCGACUGAUCUACAAAUAUCCCUGCCUGUUCACAGUGGAAACAAGAAAUAUGUACAUGCAAGUAAGUUUUUUUUUUCAAAAUCUCGCUCUGAGUCUAGAGUAUUCUGCAAAAGUAAAGUUGAUUUCUCAACGGAAAUUUUUCAGGCAACAGCUUUCGGUGUCUCGCGUACUAUCGUUUGGCUUCAACAACGCCGCGAUGCAGCUGUUGAACGUGCUCGAGGAAGUGCUCAAGGAGGUAAUGCUGCUGCCCGGCAACAUGAUCGUUAUCAUGAAUACCGUGUUGGACGUCUCCGAACUGGUCUCGGACCUACACUCGAGUUCUACGCUCUCGUUGCAGCAGAGUUGCAAAGAAAGUCUUUGGCGUUAUGGGUGUGUGAUGAUGAUGAUACCCAUGCUUCGAAAAAUGCAGAAGAGAGAGAAAUCGAUCUUGGUGAAGGAAAGAAACCGGCAGGGUAUUUUCUACGUUCGUCGUAUGGGAGGACUCUUCCCAGCACCUUUACCUCCAGGAACGGAAGAAACGAAGAAAGCAUCAGAUAUGUUCCGUGUAUUGGGAGUGUUCCUUGCGAAAGUACUGCUUGAUGGUCGUCUUGUUGAUUUGCCACUAUCUCGACCUUUCCUCAAGUUGCUUGUCAGUCCACAAGUCGGAGAACAACCACAUGGACCGAACUUGCACAACGUUCUCACUCUCGACGAUUUCGAAGAAGUUAAUCCAGUGAAAGGAAGUUUCUUGAAAGAGUUGAUUGCUGUUUCUAACCGCAAGAAGAUGAUCGAAAAAGAAGUAAUGGAUCAGACUAUGAAACGACGAAAAAUCGCUGAAAUCAAGUUACAUAUCAAGGGAUCCUCCUGUAAAAUGGAAGAUCUUGCUCUCAACUUCACUGUCAACCCACCAUCGAAAGUGUUCCAAUACACUGAAAUGGAGCUCGUCGACGGAGGAGGAGACAUUGAUGUCACCGUAGACAACGUGGAGCAGUAUGUGGAAAGAUGCGAAGAAUUCUAUCUGAACUCUGGAAUUGCUCAGCAGAUGCGCGCAUUCCGUGAGGGCUUCGACCGCGUCUUCCCACUGAGCAGUCUCCGAGGUUACUCUCCAGAAGAACUCCAACGUCUCCUGUCUGGUGAACAGUGUCCAGAGUGGUCACGGGACGAUAUUCUGAACUACACCGAACCGAAGCUUGGAUACACACGAGAAUCCCCUGGAUUUUUGAGAUUCGUCGAUGUGAUGGAAUCGCUCACAGCUCAAGAGAGAAAGAACUUCUUGCAAUUCGCUACCGGAUGCUCCAGUCUGCCACCAGGAGGUCUCGCUAAUCUUCAUCCAAGAUUAACAAUUGUGAGAAAAGUUGAAAGUGGAGAUGGAAGUUAUCCUUCGGUGAACACUUGUGUGCACUAUCUGAAGCUUCCGGAGUAUUCGUCUGCUGAAAUUCUUCGGGAACGUCUUCUGACUGCAAUCAACGAAAAAGGAUUCCAUCUCAAUUAA